AUGGCCAAAUUAAUUGAAGGAAUAUGCCAAGGCAGUGGUAGGAAAAGAGACCUAUAUAUAUGUUUUCAGGGACGUCCCAAGGGAGUCACUCCCAAGUACAGUUUGAAGCCUCUUGUGCCAAGGCUGUCUGAGCUCCUUGGAGUUGAGGUUAAGAUUGCCAAUGACUGUAUAGGCGAGGAAGUUGAAAAAUUGGUUGCUCAACUUCCAGAGGGAGGAGUUUUGCUCCUUGAGAAUGUUAGGUUCUACAAGGAGGAAGAGAAGAAUGACCCUGAAUUUUCCAAGAAGCUUGCUUCACUUGCAGAUGUUUAUGUGAAUGAUGCUUUUGGUACUGCUCAUAGGGCUCAUGCAUCAACUGAAGGAGUGGCUAAGUUCUUAAAGCCUUCCGUUGCUGGAUUCCUUAUGCAGAAGGAACUCGACUAUCUUGUCGGUGCUGUGGGAGAUCCUAAGAGGCCAUUUGCUGCUAUUGUUGGUGGUUCAAAGGUGUCAUCCAAGAUUGGAGUGAUAGAAUCCUUGUUGGAGAAGGUUAACAUUCUCUUGCUAGGUGGAGGAAUGAUCUUUACUUUCUACAAGGCCCAAGGUUAUUCAGUUGGAUCAUCCCUUGUGGAGGAAGACAAGCUUGAUCUUGCAAAAUCACUUCUUGAGAAGGCCAAGGCUAAGGGGGUUUCUAUUUUGCUCCCAACUGAUGUAGUCAUUGCUGACAAGUUUGCUGCUGAUGCGAACAGCAAGGUUGUGCCAGCGUCUGCUAUUCCAGAUGGUUGGAUGGGAUUGGAUAUUGAUUUUUGAAGAUUGUG